AUGAUGACCAUAUCUUUGAUCUGGGGGAUUGUUGUAACAGUAUGCUGUUGUUUAUGGCUUAUUCUUGGAAUAAGGAGAAGGCAAACGGGUGAACCACCUCUGGAGAAUGGGUUGAUUCCAUACCUGGGCUGUGCUCUGCAAUUUGGUGCCAAUCCUCUUGAGUUCCUCAGAGCAAAUCAAAGGAAACAUGGUCAUGUCUUCACCUGCAAACUAAUGGGAAAAUACGUCCACUUCAUCACAGAUCCCUUGUCAUACCAUAAGGUGUUAUGUCAUGGAAAAUAUUUUGAUUGGAAAAAAUUUCACUACACUACUUCUGCGAAGGCAUUUGGGCACAGAAGCAUUGACCCAAAUGAUGGGCACACCACUGAAAACAUAAACGACACUUUCACCAAAACCCUGCAGGGCGAUGCCCUGAGCACCCUCAGCAAGGCCAUGAUGGAAAACCUGCAGCUGAUCAUCCGAGCUCCUGCCCCGCCUCCAGCAAAGACCGCGGCCUGGGUGACGGAAGGGAUGUACUCCUUCUGCUACCGGGUGAUGUUCGAAGCUGGCUAUCUAACUUUCUUCGGCAGAGAUCUUACGAGGCAAGACGCCCAGAGAGCGGUCAUUCUAAACAGCCUUGACAACUUCAAGCAGUUUGACAAAGUCUUCCCGGCCCUGGUAGCGGGCCUGCCCAUCCACGUGUUCAAGACCGCGCACGCCGCCCGGGAGAAGCUGGCGGACGGCUUGAGGCACGAGAAGCUCCGAGGCAGGGCCCACGUGUCAGAGCUCAUCAGCCUGCGCAUGUUUCGGAACGACACGCUCUCCACCUUUGACGACCUGGAGAAGGCCAAGACGCACCUCGCCAUCCUGUGGGCCUCCCAAGCAAACACCAUUCCGGCCACUUUCUGGAGCUUGUUUCAAAUGAUUAGGAGCCCUGAAGCAAUGAAAGCAGCUACUGAAGAAGUGAAUAGAACAUUAGAGAAUACUGGUCAAAAGGUCAGCUUUGAAGGCAAUCCUAUUUGUUUGGAUCAAAAGCAACUGAAUGAUCUGCCAGUACUAGAUAGUAUCAUCAAGGAGUCUCUGAGGCUUUCCAGUGCCUCCCUGAAUAUCCGGACUGCGAAGGAGGAUUUUAGUUUGCACCUUGAGGACAGUUCCUAUAACAUCCGAAAAGAUGACAUCAUAGCUCUCUAUCCACAGUUAAUGCACUUAGAUCCAGAAAUCUACCCAGACCCUUUGACAUUUAAAUAUGAUCGAUAUCUUGAUGAAAACAGGAAGACAAAGACCACCUUCUAUAGUAAUGGACUCAAGUUAAAGUAUUACUACAUGCCCUUUGGAUCAGGAGCUACAAUAUGUCCUGGAAGAUUAUUUGCUGUCCAUGAAAUCAAGCAGUUUCUACUUCUGAUGCUUUCCUAUUUUGAACUGGAACUUGUGGAGAGCCAUGUUAAAUGUCCCCCUUUGGACCAAUCCCGUGCAGGCUUGGGUAUUUUACCACCAUUAAAUGAUAUCGAGUUUAAAUAUAAAUUCAAACAUUUGUGA